AUGGGCUCCUCCUGUUCAUUGUCAUUAUCGCGUCACCGUUCACUACCAGCGCCUCUAUCGUUGCCAGCCGUUGCGCAGAUUCAUUCGACAAUACAAGAAAUGUGGUCGGAACUACGCGAUACAAAUCAUUAUGAACAAAUUGGCGUUCAGUUUAUGAUAUGUUUAUUGAUAACCCAUCCAGAAUUGAAGCGGCUGUGGAUAUUUUGUGCACAAUUAGAAACUGUCGACGAAAUGCGAUCAAAUUCUCAAUUAUGUUAUCAUGCCAAAAAGAUCACGAACACUCUCAAUGAUCUUAUCAUUCAUAUUGACAAUCCUGAAAAACGAAAACAAAUUUUGGAAUCAUUGGGAAAAACACACUAUCAGUACGAUGUCAAACCAGUUCACUUUGAGUUCGCAAAAAUUGCAAUGGAUUCUGCUUUAACCGAAGUACUCAGAAGUGAUUUUACACUGAAACGAAAACAGGCAUGGUCAUUUUUUUUCCAGCAAAUUGUUGUUGAUCUUAGAUAUGGUGUCAAUCAACAAGAAAUGUUGCUGUAA